GCCGGAAGUGGAGCUGUGUAGCCCGGUGUUCCCGGAGGAGUGGCUGUGUCGCCGCAGCUGGAAGGAUCCGGGCUCUGGCGUUGCGGCGCCCGCCUUCGCCACGCUCAGCUGGUGAUCCAAACUGCUGAGGAAUCUGCCACAUGGUAGUGUGGGAUAUGAUCUACAGCGGCCACCAGAGAUGCCGGGCAGGAGGCAAGAGGUACCACUCAGUUUGACACACUAGAGAGAAUUUAACAUGGAUGGACUGAACAGGCUCUGAAAAUAUUCCCUUGAAUUACAUUUUGGCUAUUUCUGAUGCUUGGAAGCUAUCCCUUUGGCUACAAAGAUGGUAAUAAACCUUUGCCUCCCACAGUUCAGACCAAGAAUUCACUGCAACAAGAUAUCAGCUGAUGGUUAUGAAGUAGAAAAUCUCAUCUCCGAAGACCUCACAAAGAGAAGUCAUGGUUUCAGGACAGAGUAUUUCAUUAAACCACCAGUCUAUGUGACGGUUUCCUUUCCUUUUAAUGUGGAAAUCUGUAGGAUUAACAUAGACCUCUCAGCUGGGGUAGGCCAGAAUGUCACUGGUCUGGAAAUGUACACGUCUGCCUUAUCUAGCAGAGGGUCUUGGGGUACUCCUGAGGGCCAGAGCACAGGCCCAGCUGAACCAUCUGUCCCAGACAAGGAGGCAUUCACCUUGGUAGGCAAAGUCUUACUGAAAAACCAGAGCCAAGUGGUGUUCAGCCACAGGGGCUUCAAGGCCAGGCCGCCUUUUAGCCCAAUGGAAGUCACACCCCCCUCCCCUGCUAUUGUGGCCCAGGAGCUCUGGAAUAAAGGGGCACUUUCCCUUAGCCACGUGGCCCAUCUCAAGAUCUGUAUCACCCACGUGAUGGGCAGUGGCAUCCCUUGCAUCAAGAGGUUGGAAGUGUGGGGCCAGCCAGCCAAGACCUGCUCUCAAGAGGUGAUAGACAGCGUCUUGCUGGUUGCCUCAGAGAGUCUGCCUCAGGGCUUGGCUCUGCAGGCCCCAGCCUUGCCCAUGGAGAGUGACUGUGACCCAGGAGUCCUGGGUGAGGGCCAGCAGGCCCCCUCCAGUCUGCAGGAGCUGACUGAGGUGAUUCAGGAUGUACCUGAGGAGUUUCUGGACCCCAUCACUCUGGAGAUCAUGCCUUGCCCCAUGCUGCUGCCCUCAGGCAAGGUCAUCGACCAGAGCACACUGGAGAAGUGUAACCGCAGUGAAGCUGCCUGGGGCCGAGUACCCAGCGACCCUUUCACAGGGGUAGCCUUUACUCCACACUCCCAGCCGCUGCCUCACCCCUCCCUGAAAGCCCGGAUUGACCAUUUCCUGCUUCAGCACUCCAUCCCUGGCUGCCAUGUGCUUGGGAGAGCACAGCCUGCACUGGCAGUGACCCCGUCUUCCAUUGCUCUGCCCUCUCGGAAAAGGAAGAUGGAGCAGGUAGACCAUGCCCCCGACAGUAGCCAUGGUGUGACUGCGUCCUGCUUUUCUACCACAAGCCCUCUGGUCUUACCCACUACCUCAGAGCACACCGCUAAGAAGAUGAAGGCCACCAGUGAGCUGGGCCUGACCCACAUGGACUGCUCAACAGGUAAUUCACCUUCUCAACCUGAGCAGAGCCUGUCCCAAAGCUUGGAAAUUGCCUUGACAUCCCCCCUCGGCUCCAUGCCCUCCUUCACGGCUCGGCUGACCAGGGGGCAGCUCCAACAUCUGGGCACACGAGGGAGCAGCGCUUCCUGCAGGCCAGGUGCUGGCUCGGAGCAGCCUGGGAGCAUCUUGGGCCCCGAGUGCGCCUCCUGCAAGAGAGUGUUUUCUCCCUACUUCAGAAAGGAGCCCGUGUACCAGCUGCCCUGUGGCCACCUCCUGUGCCGGCCCUGCCUGGGUGAGAAACAGCGCUCGCUGCCCAUGACGUGCCCAGCCUGCCAGCGGCCCGUUGCCAGCCAGGAUGUGCUGCGGGUCCACUUCUGAGCGACCAGCCUCUACUGGAGAAGACCCGCUGCUGGGAGGAGCUGAGGGGGACAGAGUCCCAGGCACUGAGCUGCCUUUUCUUUCCCGGGGCUUUCCUUUAUCACCUCGCAGUGUGGCGUGCCAGAGCGAGGCCUAGGGCUGGCCAGCUGCUCCUGCCCAAGUGGCAGUAGGAUAACAAAGCCAUAGAUGGGGCUGGGAGAGAUGUCCUGCCAGGGCCUGCCGGAGCCAGCCCCUGGGCAGGAGCACCCCUGCUGAGGGCCCCGGUGUCUGCACACACCCCCAUCCAGCAGUGCCGUGUGAGUGGAGCACAGUAGACUACGGCUCGGGAUCUCCAAGAGAGCGUUGUCGCUUUCAGGGUCACCCCAGAGUGACUGUGGCAGGGAUCUAUGGAGUGCAUGCCUCAGCCCCACCCCAUGGCAGACCAGCCGAGCCUUAAUAAAGUGAUGGUGACGUCGCCGUGUGCUUCCUCCCA